GCCAUAAAGUCAAGAGUCCAGCAGAGAGAUGGUAAAAAAUACAGCAAAACACAGUUUGCUCUAUCGGGUAGAAUGAAGAGGCGAAAAUUGCUCAGGACUGUUUUGGUUUUGGGACUCAUGCAGAUGUCUUUAUGCCUCUCAACAAAGACCAAAUACAUCGUUCCAAAGGCGAAGCAACCGAACAAUGGUGGUUGGACAAACGGAGAAGGUACAGCCUCAGGGACCAACAUUAAGAGGUUGUACAAGACAAGAACAUCUUCGAUACUUGCAACGUUGCUACAAGAUCAGUACGAUAAACGGGUGAGGCCUGACGAGGAAGAAAAGCCGAUGAAUCUUGGUCUUAAUGUUUACUUUAACACAUUGUCUGGGUUGGACGAAGAAAACAUGGAGUUUGAUAUCGAUUUCUACCUCCGUCUGAUUUGGACGGACCCGCGGCUAAACUUCACGCACUUAACUAACAGCACCAGCACUGACAAGCACAUUCUGGUCGAACCACCAGAGCAGGUCUGGGUACCAGAUGUCUUCAUGGAAAAUAGCAAACACGCAUCUUUUCACAUGGUAACGAAAAAGAAUGAGAUGCUACGACUUUGGCCAAACGGAUCCCUGUUUUACAGUGUAAGAAUUACAGCAAAAGUGAGCUGUUUCAUGGUGCUGUAUCGCUUUCCAUUCGACGAGCAAGAAUGUAGUGUGCAAUUUGGCUCUUAUAAAUACACGAGAGACGAUGUGGCUCUCAGUUGGCGGAAAUGGCUCGAUGAUCCAUUGGUUCAAAUCAGUCCGAAAAUUAAGCUUGCCAGAUAUACUAUCACAGAAAUUGACACACGACAGGAUAUCAUUAACUAUGGCAUCGGAGGUCACUAUGACUACCUCGUUGUUGCCAUAAGAUUUCAGAGGGAUGUUGGCCAUUACAUACUACAGCAGUAUAUGCCAUGCUCAUAUAUUGUCCUGUUGAGCUGGGUGUGCUUUUGGAUCGAAGCGGAUUGUGUGGGAGACAGGAUAUCAAUUGGAGUAACACUGGUUCUGACCAUUGUAUUACUGCAAGGAUCUCUCAAUACGAAUAUGCCAAAGGUGUCGUAUUCAAAAUAUAUCGAUUACUACUUCAACUUUUGCUUGGCUUUCCUAAUGGGAUCCAUCAUCGAAUCCCUGAUCGUUUAUAAAUUCUACAAACUGCGACAGAACUCCGCUGCCAAAGUUCUGGAGCCGAAGUUCAGUUCCCAGUCCCUUUUCCUAAUGCGCACACGAAAGGAGCACUGGAACUGGGGUUCCAUGGAUGAAAGAAAGACUCCAGUUCACCCGAGUGUGAGGUCAGUGGCGGCAAAUGGAGGUGCCAAUGACGACAAUAUGUCGGAAAAGAUUGACAGAGCCUCUCGCCUGCUCUUCCCAGGCCUAUUUGUGAUAUUUAACGUAAUUUAUCAUACUUAUUUCAGUAUAAUAUAAACACAGAGUAAGGAACGCGCCAGA